AUGGGGUUGUUCAGCCCGCGCAAGGCGAAGAAGCCACCGCCGGCGAUAGCGGAGGACGAGGAUCCCCCGCCGCCGCCGCCGCCGCCGCCGAAACCGAACGCGUUCAAGAAGUCCGCGACCGCGAUGAAGGCGAACGCGAAGCUGCAGCGACUGAAUCCCGUGACGUACGCGAAGACGGCGGAGCGCGAGUACCGCGCGGCGCGCGCCGCGCUCGCGCGUCGCGAGGCCGAGCUCAAGCAGUGCGAGAAACGCGUCGCGAACAAGCAGCUCGCGUACGAGUACCAAGAGAGAGAGCUCGCGUGGCACCUGCAGAGCUUGCGCGCGGAGCUGGCGGACGCGAGAGACCACGGCGCGAAGAAGCACGAGGAGGACGUCAUGGAUCUCGUGGACGACGCCGACGCGCGCGCGAAGCAGCUGAAGAAACUCAGAGCGCCGGGAGGGUGCCCCGCGGUGGAGGCGCUCACGGCGCGCAUCGAGGAGUUGAACGUCGAGAUCGUGAACUUGACGAAGAGCGCGGAGAAGUGGAAGGACGUGUGGGAGGAGCGAGGCGGGGACGUCUCGUCGGAGGAGGAGGAGGAGGAGGUGAAGGAGGAGGAGGCGGCGGAGGCGCCGGCGCCGGCGAAGCCGCGGACGCCGGAGCGGGCGCCGCCGCGCGCGCCGAGCGGGGAGAAGGAGAACAAGAGAGAACAACAGGCCGCGUCGAAGAAGAAGAAAUCUUCGAAGAUGACGCCGCAGAAGAGCCCGCCGAAGCGGAACGAGGCGCAGAUACGAGCCAUCGUCGCGAGGAUGCAAAACCGCGACGGCCCGAAAAAGUCGCUGUGGCGAAAAGGCGCGUACGAGGGACAUAAACCGAUACCGACGCGCGGUGGCGUUCCCAUCAAACCCCGCGAGUCGACGAAACAGAAGAACGAGAGCGGCGCGUGCGUCGUGAUGUGA